AUGAGACCGUCCAGUAUCUUCCUCGCCGCGCUGGCGCCUGCCGCCGUACUAGCCGACCCUCUGUCCCACGCGGACCAUGGUCUCGUUCACAACGCCAACAGUCUGCUCCAGCGCGCGCCGUUUGCCACGAUACCGGAAUCCUACAAGGAUCAUCUGUCCGAUGCAUCUGCACACACGAUUGAGAAGAGAGAGCCCCUGGACAAACGUGCCGUUCGGAACACCCUCCAGGCGCGCAGUGAAGGCUCUCUCGGCCAGACCCCAUGGAUUGGCAUGGCUAUCGGUCUGACUUGCACAGCAUUGGCUGCGGUCAUGCUGGGUUAA